UAAAUUUAUUUAAGAUAAUCAAAACAAUAAAAUGGUAAAUCAUGAAAAACUUUCAAAAGCUGAUAUAUUUUGUGUAUUAAAUUUUAAUAUAAUAGCUUGGAUUAAUAUUGUAUCAAUUAUAUUUUGGUAAAUUGCCUUAUGGAGAAAAUUUAAAGCAAUACAAAGAUUUCAUUAAAUAAACUGAUAUUGAGAGAAUGAAGAAUAUAGAAAAGUUGAAAAAAAUAGGGUACGAAGAAUAGUGGUUUGUAUAUCUUGUAAUAUUUAUGAUUCAAACUAAUCCAGAUGAUAGAGCUGGAUUUCAAGAAUUUGUAUAUAUGCUUUAUAAAAAAUUUGAUAAAUUUAUUAUCAGAAUGCAAGAAAUUUGUCUGAAAAUUAUUUAAUAACUUAUUCCAAAAAAAAUUAAUAUUAAAGGAGAUAGUUUGAAAUUCCAAGACAAUUUUUAAUUAACCAAUUGUUAAAAUAGAAAAGAAUAAUUCUUAGUCUCCAAUAAAAGGUUAAAUUUUAAAUAAAACUAACCUUAAAAAUCCUUUCAAUCAACAAUAAACUAUUUAAUUAAAUAAAAAUAAUAAUUAAGUGUUAAAUUAACCCAUUACUUAGCAAUAAUAAAUUUAUCCAAUUACAAAGAAGAAUGA